GCACAGGACUGAGAGGUGAAAACAGGUGCAACUUCAAGAUGAAUCGACUUGUGGUUAUCGUUGCGACACUCUUUGUCCCCACUACAUACAGUGCUACAGGCGGUUCGUGGUGUUACCAUGAUCCUAGUUGUGACGAUACCACUUGGUCCACCAUUGCCAGUGAACAUUGCAACGGAUCCCGUCAGUCUCCCAUCAACAUCGUCUCUGCAUCGGCAGUGGGCGAUGAAACCCUGACUGCCUUCACCUUCACCAAAUACGGAGACAACUCUACAAUGAAGAAUAUCAAGAACACUGGCAAAACUGUCAAAGUGGAGCUGACGAGUGGUGUCCAGGUUACAGGUGGGGCACUGUCAGAGGCCUAUGACAGCCUGCAGUUUCACCUCCACUGGGGGAAUGGUACCUCAGUCCCUGGGUCGGAGCACACAGUUGAUGGAACCCGCUACCCCAUGGAGUUGCACAUAGUAAAUGCCAAGUCUUCGCACAACGGCAACACGACCACGGCCGUUACAGACAGCACGGGACUCGCUGCUCUUGGCUUCUUCAUAGAGGCCAUGUCGGGUAAUGCAACUGGUUCACCACCAGCCUGGAAUACUCUGACAUCCUACUUGGCCAACAUCACACUAAAAGAUGAUAUUGUAAACAUUACUCAUGCUAUUUCAUUGGAUGAGCUCCUGGAAGGGGUGGACCGUACCAAAUACUACCGUUACCUUGGCUCCCUGACCACUCCCAAUUGCAAUGAGGCUGUGGUUUGGACCGUGUUCAAGGACCCUAUCAAAGUCAGCCAGGACUUGAUUGAUCUCUUCAGCACAACAUUGCACAUUGACCACAACUCCACCUCUGCCUUGAUGACUAACGUCUUCAGGAACAUCCAGCCUGGCAACGACUGGGUGGUGACGACCCAGGGCCGUCCAGCAUCGGGAGCCUCCACAAUGUGCUCCUCUCUGGGCCUCAUUGCCCUGGCCUGGAUGCUGCUGAGGGUUUAGUGACGGCGAGUACUCCUUACCUGAAGUGCAUUGCCAUAUCGCCAUGAACCCUCAAGCUACCAACAUAUUUUCCUUAUAUCGAUUACCAACAGGGGUCAUCUUGACCCAAAGGAGAAACUAUUGGAAAAAGCAACAAUCAUAGCGAAAUGUGUUAAACUUAUUUAUUUUCAAAACAUAAUUAUUUAGAAAUGUAAUGAAUAUUAUCUGAUAUAAAAUGACCUAAACAAACUGUUGUUUUAUCAAAAAGAAAAAAAUGUUUCUCCUUUACAAUGUGCAGCUUGAGUACAAUCCACCUUAGAACAAAAAUCAUAUUUACCAUCAUUUGAUUAAAGUAUUAUUUAGUUUUCAGAAUUUUGAAGUAAAUAUUAAUGUUGUCAUAUUAAUGUGGUAAAAAUGACUGCCAUUUAAAGGGGCAGUACACAAAUUCAGCAAUACAUUUUAUUAACAAAAGGUUGUUCAAUUUACUUUUAAAGUGAUCCUAAGACACACUGACAC